AUGCCGUCAUCUACUUCCCAUCUCAACGAGCCCAUCGCGGUCGUUGGUAGUGGCUGCCGCUUCCCUGGCGGAGCCAGCAGUCCCUCCAAGCUAUGGGAUCUCCUCAAGAACCCGAGGGACUUGUCGAGAAAGGUGCCAAAAGAGCGUUUCAACGUGGAUGCCUUUUAUCACAAGGAUGGAUCCCACCACGGGCGUACCAAUGCCCAGUACGCCUACUUCCUGGAGGAUGAUCCGUACACCUUUGAUCCGGCCUUCUUCAACAUUCCGCCGAGCGAGGCAGAGACGGUCGACCCACAGCAGCGCCUGCUGCUGGAAACGGUGUACGAGGGUCUCUGUGCCGCCGGCUUGAAGAUGGAGGACCUUCGAGGAUCGCCUACAGCCGUCUAUGUAGGCAUGAUGCAGCGGGAUUUCCUCGAUCAUCAAAACUACGAUUUAGACGCCCUGAACACAUAUGCCGCCACGGGCACAUCGGCUUCGAUUCUAUCCAACAGAGUAUCCUACGUCUUUGACUGGCAUGGUCCGAGUAUGACGUUUGAUACAGCAUGUAGUUCCUCCCUCGUUGCCGUCCACCAUGCAGUCGAACAACUGCGGACAGGGUUGAGCAAGGUAGCCGUGGCCGCCGGCUCCAACUUGAUCUUGGGCCCCGUUCCAUUCAUCUCUGCCAGCAAACUCAACAUGUUUUCGCCGACCGGUCGAUCGCGGAUGUGGGACGCCGCGGCAGACGGCUACGCUAGAGGCGAGGGUGUCGCCACGGUUGUGUUGAAGACCCUUAGCCAGGCUAUUGCAGACGGUGACCGGAUAGAAUGUGUUAUCCGGGAGAGUGGUAUCAACCAGGAUGGCAAGACUGCGGGAAUAACAAUGCCAAACUCUUUUGCACAGGAGGCUCUCAUUCGCCAAGUCUACGAACGCGCAGGUCUGGACUUGACAAAGCCAGAAGACCGCUGCCAGUAUUUUGAGGCCCAUGGAACUGGUACUCCCGCUGGCGAUCCCCAAGAAGCGCGUGCCAUUUCGUCGGCAUUCUUUGGGGAAAGGCAACGCGGCGCCGAUGAGGAGCCUCUGUACGUAGGCAGUAUCAAGACCAUAAUUGGUCACACGGAGGGCACUGCUGGCAUUGCAGGCUUGAUCAAAGCCUCAAUGAUCAUUCAGAAUGGUUCUCUGCCACCCAACAUGCUCUUCAAUGAGCUCAGUGAAAGAGUGGCUCCGUAUUACACGGAUCUCGAGGUUGUCACCAAGCAGCAGGCUUGGCCGGCGCUGAAGUUUGGCCAACCGAAGCGUGUGAGUGUCAACUCUUUCGGCUUCGGUGGUACCAAUGCGCAUAUCAUUGUCGAGUCCUAUGAGCCCAAAUCAAUUUCGCCAUCUAUCAACACAUCAUCACCCCUGCUCGCUCCCAUCGUCCUCUCGGCACAUUCUUCUGCAUCCCUCAAGGCGGCCAUGGUAGAUCUGAAGCAGUUCGUUCAGGCUCGUCCCGACUUGAGACUGGAAGAUCUCGCAUGGACAAUGCUCAAAAAGCGAUCGAAUCACCAGAUCCGUCAUGUAAUCUCAAGUCAGUCAGCUCAAGAGCUUUGCGACGCCCUUGAGCGGGACGCCACCGCCGUCGAGGGUAAGAACUCGAUUGCAACGAGCUCUGACGUCAGAAAAAAGCCAGAGAUACUUGGAAUCUUCACUGGCCAGGGUGCUCAGUGGCCGGCCAUGGGCAAGGCUUUGUGUCAGAUUCCUUAUGUCCGUACUAUCAUUUCGGAACUCGAUGACUCGCUCCAGAGUCUACCAGCCGAGUAUCGUCCAGAGUGGAAGCUUAUAGACCAGCUGCUGCUCGAAGGCGAGGAAUCAAACGUGAACCAAGCCGCCUACUCCCAGCCUCUCUGCUGUGCCGUCCAGAUUGUCCUUACAAAACUGCUACUAGCAUCAGGCGCCACAUUCAAAGUCGUUGUGGGGCAUAGUUCAGGUGAGAUUGCGUGUGCUUUCGCUGCGGGCUUCAUAUCUGCAACCCAAGCAAUUCGCAUUGCGUAUCUCCGUGGCCUUACUUCCAAAUACGCGAGUGGGCCGAACGGUGUUGAGGGGGCGAUGAUGGCUGCAGGCACCUCCUUCGACGAUGCGACAGAGUUGUGUGCUCUGGAGACAUUCGAAGGCAGAGUUGGUGUCGCGGCUAGCAACGCACCUGAAAGUGUCACACUUUCUGGAGACAAGGAUGCAAUCUUGGAGAUACAGGAAAUUUUGAACGAGGAAUCAAAGUUCAAUCGCAUCCUCAAAGUCGACAAGGCUUACCAUUCGCAUCAUAUGCGUCCUUGCGCGGACCCGUAUGUCACGGCUCUCAAGGCCUGUGGGUGCGAUACUUUUAACAUGGAAGCCACUCCAUCCGCCAUAUGGAUCUCUUCGGUGUUUGAAGGCCACAUCAUGACACCUGAAGACCUCAAGGCAGAAUACUGGAGCGACAACCUGCUCUCACCUGUGCUGUUCUCCUAUGCCAUCGAGCAGGCGCUAGUGAAACAUUCGCCAUUCGAUGUCUGCAUCGAGGUCGGACCACACCCGACUCUGAAGGGCCCAAGUCUCCAGACAAUAGAGAACUGUGCAGGAUCAACCCUGCCAUAUACCGGAUGUAUGGACAGGAAAAAGACCGACACGGAGGCCUUUUCGGCGUGCUUGGGCUACCUUUGGUCGCAGUUUGGCUCACCUGCUAUUGACAUUGACCGUCUCUUGGGCAGUCUGUCACCAGACGGUGAUAAUGCAGACUUGUCAAAGGAACUGCCAUGCUAUGCCUGGGAUCACUCGAGAUCAUACAGGAAGGAGUCCCGUUUGCUCCGUCAAUGGCUUGGCGGCGACCGACCUCACCUUCUGCUCGGCAAGCGUCUGCCCCAAAGUAGCCCAAUCUCCAAUCAAUGGCAUAACUUCAUUCGGCAGCGAGACAUUGAAUGGCUCAGCGGCCACUCUUUGCAGGGCCAAACGGUGUUCCCCGGUGCGGGCUACGUCGUUAUGGGUAUGGAGGCUGCCAUCAGUGUUGCUGGCGACAAGGAGAUCCAGCUAUUAGAGGUGUUGGAUCUCGACAUCAACAAAGCUGUGACUUUCAACGACGAGAAUAGCAUGGUUGAACUCAGCCUUUCGCUGACCCUCGACUCUUCGCAGACCACAGAUGACUGCGCCACCUACCAAUUUGUCAUCAAUUCUUCCCUGGCCAGAGAGACUGGACUGUCGAGCUCGGCUUCUGGUACGCUUGCCGUUACAUACGGACCAGGGGCAUCGGAUACUCUUCCAGCUCGUCAACAAGACCCUCCUCACCUGAAUAACGUCAGCAUUGACAGAUUCUACAAUAUGCUCUCGGAACUUGGAUACGGUUACACAAAGGAGUUCCGUGGUAUCAGCAACCUGAAGCGUGGCGACAGCAAGGCCCGAGGAUCUCUUGAUUUCCAUCGUCUGACUGAUGGCAAUCACAACAUUGCAAUGCAUCCUGCCACGCUCGAUCUUGCCUUUCAAAGUUUUAUCGGAGCAUACACUGCGCCGGGCGAUAGACGCUUGAGAUCACUCCUCGUACCCACCGGCAUCGCUCGUAUCGCCUUCAACCCAUGGGUGGCUGGUCACAUCAAUGGCUCGUCAAAACAAAUUGACUUUAUCUCAACCAGCGCAGCGAGUGUCGGUAACGGAGUGGAAGGCGACAUUGAAGUAUUUGACCCCGAGUCCGGGGCCACCAUGCUUCACAUUGAGGGUCUUAGCUUCAAGCCCUUCUCUCCGCCGACGGCCGCCGACGACCAUGAGAUGUUUUCGAAAUGGGAAUGGGCGCCGAUCAACACAGAUGCUCUGCUUGAUGACAGCAAGUACCACGCCACUGAGCAAGACAAGGCCGACGUCGAGAUCAUUGAGCGUAUCACGUACUGGUACAUCAAGUCGUUCAUUGCGAGUCUGGAAGCAGAGGAUCGCGAGAAGGCUCCCUUCCAUUUCGUAAAGCACAUCCAGUGGUGCGAGCAUCAACUAGCUGAGGCCAAGGCAGGUCGCAACGUCUGGUGGCAGCCAAGUUGGGAAAAUGACACGAAAUCAGACAUCGAGCAACUGAUCGAACAGAAUCGGUCUCAUCCCUUUGUCCGACUCAUUCAAAGAGUUGGAGAGGGUGCCCUGGAGACCCUGCGUGAGAACCGGAAUGCCUUCGACCUCAUGGAUCACGAUGGCUUGCUCACUGAGUUCUACGGAGGUACGGUAAGUUACGGUCACUCAUACAGCUAUUUCCAGAUGCUGCUCGAGCAGAUCAACCAUCGUCAUCAGAAUCUAGACGUUCUCGAAAUUGGCGCUGGUACCGGAGGUGCGACGCGUGUGUUCCUGAACGACGACCAUCUCUCGUUCAAUAGCUACACAUUCACCGACAUCUCAAGUGCUUUCUUCGAGCAAGCCGGCAAGGAAUUCGAGCGGCAUAGCGAGAAGCUUAUCUUCCAGCCCCUCGAUGUUCGCCGCGAUCCAAGUGAGCAAGACUUUACGCCAAACUCGUACGAUUUGAUCAUAGCAUCAAAUGUACUCCAUGCUACUCCUCGCCUCGAGGAAACCUUGUCGAAUGCUCGAUCUCUAUUGAAGCCCAAUGGUCGCUUGAUAGUCAUCGAAGUCGCUCACUACGAGCACACCCGUAUUGGUUUCAUCUUCGGUCUGUUCCCUGAUUGGUGGGCUGGUCACGACGAAGGACGUGUCCUCGAGCCAUUCAUCUCCUAUGAUAAGUGGGACACUGUACUCAAGAAGUCUGGCUUUUCGGGCAUUGAUAGCCGUUCUCUUGACCCAGACAGUAGAGUAUUUCCCAACGGUGUGUUCAUGAGUCAUGCCGUUGACGACUUGGUGCAACGACUUGACGCGCCACUGUCGGCCCCUGCAAAGGAAUCGUAUCCUCCAUUGGUCUUCGUCGGAGGCUCGUCCCCCAAGACAUCGGCGAUUCUGGAUCAGAUCCCAGAUAUUCUCGCGCCUCUAGGACGCGAGUUCACUACAGUCCCAAGCAUUCGGGAGAUCAUUGACUUGGACUACCAACCAGGAUCCACGUUUGUCGUGCUGUCCGAACUGGACGAGCACACAUUUGCUGGGCUCGAUGAAGAGCAGCUGGAUGCAUUGCAAACCAUUUUCAACGCUGCAAUUCACGUCUUGUGGGUUACAGAGGAUGCUUGGUGCAAGAAUCCUCAGCAAGCCAUGACGAUUGGACUUUUGCGUACUCUCCGUAUGGAAUAUCCGGAUAUCGACAUUCAGGUACUAGAUGUCGACAAGGCCGAGAACUUGGACCCGAAGUUCCUGGUUGAAACCGUAUCUCGACUUGAAGAUGCCAAGAACUGGCAAGAGAGCGGCCUACUUUGGACGCAAGAACCCGAGUUGUACCAGAUAGGGGAUAAGAUCAUUGUCCCUCGCCUCAAGCCAGACACCGAAAAGAACAACCGGUUGAACUCGAACCGUCGUGCAAUUCUAGCCGACAUGAACCCUAGCAAGGAUGCAUUGCGUUUCGAGAAUGAUGGCGAGGAAUCCUUCUUCCGGCAUCUCGAGGAGCGUUUUGUGCCCGACGCUACGGAGGAGUCCUUUAUCAAGGUUCAGGCGCAGUACUCCUUGGCCAAGGCCCUGCGAAUUGGUCAAUCGGGAUUCUAUCAUCUCAUCCAGGGCAAAGAUGUUGCGACUGGUGAAGUUGUUGUGACGCUAUCUGAGAACAAUGUGUCUUCACUCCAAGUUUCUCCAAGUCGGAUGGUCAAAGUCAAGGAGACGAAUGCAGCAACGGUUCUUCCAAGCAUCUUUGCGGAACUAGUCGCCAGCAGCAUGUUGUCAAAUGUCGCUCCUGGUUCAUCGAUCCUCGUCUUUGAGCCACCUACGCUGUGCAUCGAUGCCCUGUCCAAGAGAGCGGAAGCGGCUGGAAUCGUCAUCAGCUUUGCAUCCACCCAAGCAAACCCAUCAAGUGGCGUCAGAUGGAUCUCAUUGCACGAGAAGGAGACCUUGCGCAGCUUGAAACAGAAGCUCCCCCGAGACAUCAACCUGCUUUAUGAUCUGUCAAGCGAUCAGAGCGAAGCCAGCCUUAGCCAGCGACUUGCCCGACGCAUCCCUGCCGGCUGCUCGGUUCGUCACAGGGACUAUCUCUUCCAAGAUACCACAACACCAAAGUCGGAGGCAAAUGCAGAUAAUGCACACAAAGUGCUAGCAGAGGCAGUUUCUAGUUCAAAGGAGAUCUUGAUUGAUCAUAAGGUGUCGGUCCUCAAAGGCAGCGAUAUGUUGCUUGGAAAUGCCCUGAGCAUUGACACGUUGAUUGAUUGGGGAUCAGAGCAAAUCAUCCCUAGUCGCAUUAGAUCGAUGGAAACAGACACCAUCUUCGUAUCUGACAAGACGUACCUGCUUGUUGGUCUUGCUGGUGAUCUAGGUCGCUCCAUUGCCCGCUUCAUGGUUGAGCGUGGCGCACGCCACAUUGUUUUGUCGAGUCGCUCGCCCAAGAUCGACCAACGAUGGAUUGAUGAGAUCACAGCACUGGGGGCUAUCGUCAUGGUUCUGCCAAUGGACGCCUCAAACGAGACCUCUGUAGACCAAGGUCUCGCCAAAAUCCGCGAAUCAAUGCCACCAAUCGCUGGAGUAGCUUUCGGACCACUUGUGCUCCAAGACGUCAUGUUCAAGAACAUGGACCUGCCGAUGCUCGAGAUGGUGUUGGCACCAAAGGUGGACGGCGCUCGUCUCCUCAGUGAGCGCUUGUCUGAUCCCGCCCAGCCGCUUGAUUUCUUCGUCAUGUUUUCAUCCUUUGUGAUGGUUUCAGGAAAUCCUGGUCAGGCAGCCUACAGCGCUGCGAAUGCGUACACACACGCUCUGGCUCAGAACAGACGUUCCCGUGGCAUGGCGGGAUCUACCAUUGACAUUGGUGCCGUUUUCGGCGUUGGUUUCAUCGCAAGAGCGGGUCGUGAGCACGAGUACGAUGUAGUGAAGUUCAUCUUCGAUGAGGUGAACGAAUGGGAGCUGCAUACUCUCUUUGCAGAGGCUGUUGUGACUGGUCGCAACAAGCAGGUCACGGACAUUGAGGUGAUCACCGGCAUGCCGUACAUGGACCCCGCCAACCACGACAGGAUUCCGUACUUUGACGAUCCUCGAUUCGCAUACUUCAAGCUUUCUGACCGCCGCGCCAAGGGUAGCAAUGCUGCUGACGCAGUCGGGUCUGUCAAGGAUCAGCUCCUCAAAGCAGAUAGCAUCAGCCAAGUCCGUUCGAUUAUCACUGAUGGCCUUUGUUCUCGGAUCCGGGGUGCAUUACAGCUCACAGAGGCUGACGACCUCAGUCUCACGACUCCGCUAAUUGAUCAGGGUAUCGACUCCCUCAGUGCGGUCACAGUCGCCUCUUGGUUUUCCAAGAAUCUGACUAUCGACAUCCCGCUAUUGGAAAUUCUUGGCGGUGCUUCGGUCAACAAUCUCGUCGACUCCGCAGUCGGCCGAUUGUCGCCGGAGGCCAUUCCCCUGUGCUCCGAUGAGUCUCGUGCUGAGGCAGACACAGUAGAAGUUCCUCAGAUUAUCGAAUCUUCAGCUGUCUCUGACGACUCGUCUUCCUCGUUCGCUGACCACAGUGGCGAUUUGACGCCACUCUCCACCCUAGAUUCCGCCAGUGUCCAGGCCACGGAACGUGAGGCACCUUUGUCUUUGAUACAAGACUACGCUUGGAAACAGCUUCAACUCCCCUUGGAUCCGCAAACUUUCAACAGCACUAUCGGCAUGUACAUGCAAGGCACUCUCAACCUUGAGCGCCUCGGCUGGGCGGUGAAGCAAGUACUGCAACGCCACGACGUAUUCCGCACAGCGUUCAUCAAAGACCCAGCCGGUACGGACGUUCCGAUCCAGUUCAUCACUGACUCGUCUCGAGUGGAGUUUGAGACGAUCAAGGUUGCCGAUAAGGCUGCCGCAGAUCAGGGCUUCAAGGACCUUGAGAAUUACAAGUACGACCUGGAAAAGGGAGACACGUUCAAGGUCGUGCAUUACCAAUGGUCACCGACUGAUCAUCUUCUGAUCAUUGCCUACCAUCGCCUUGUCGGAGAUGGCUGGACUACCGAGCAUGUCUUCGUUGAGAUUGGUCAAUUGUACAGCGGCGUCAAGCUCGAAACUCCUCCGAGCUAUGCCGACUUCGCUAUACGCCAGCGCAAACAGCUCGAGUCUGGAGCGCUCAGCAAAGAUCUCACCUACUGGGCUGACCUCUUCAAGCAAUCUCCCGCCAGACUUCCAACACUCAAUGUGCCGGAAGCCAAAGCAGCCGCAACAACAACGGCUUGGUCGGAGCACGAGGUGUCAGCUCGUCUUAACCGCAUGAUUGGCGUCCGUAUCAGGGACCGCAGCCGGAAGCACAAGGCGACACCAAUGCACUACUACUUGGCUUCGUUCCAGGUCUUGCUGGCACGUCUGACUGGCAGCACCGACGUCGUGAUCGGCGUUGCAGACAGCAACAGGUCCACGCUCGCAGACCAAGCGACCAUGGGCUACUUUGCCAACUUGCUACCAGUCCGCCUGCCAUAUGAUUCGGACAAGAUCUUCAAUGAGGCGCUCUCCGAGGCCAAAGAACAGAUGCGCACUGCACUUCUGCACAGCGCCGUGCCAUAUGGUGCCCUCGUUGAACACCUAGGCUUGCCCACGCCAUCUCCCAAGGACGCGCACUCGCAGGCGCCAUUGUUCCAGGCUGUCUUUGACUACAAGCAAGGACAGGCGGAAAGCGGAAAUAUCGGAGAUGCCAAGAUUGUUGACUCGCGCACACCGCGUGCUGGAUCACCAUAUGACAUUACGCUGGAGAUGAGUGAUGACCCUACCAAAGCACCGUUGAUCACGGUGAAGCUGCAGAAGGAAAAGUAUGGACUUAAGGACGCGGAAGUGGUCAUGGACGCAUAUUUGUCGAUCCUAAGUAUCUUCUCGAGGAAUCCGGCGCUCCGAGUAGAGGAUGGAAGACUGGAUCAAGGUGCCAAGGCGAGGGAUUGA